ACCGAGGGGCUGCAAUACCUUAUUCCCUACUUCCUUCCUCGCAUUUCCCUCGUCGCCCCUUGACCAGGUGAUUUGAAUGUCUCUUCUGCCUAUUCUCGCUGCUGUAAUCUCACUGCUCAAGUACAUAGCAUAAUCAAUAUAAGAGAUAGUAUUAUCAGAGCUUCUCACUCUUGCUACCGCGACUCUCAUCUACGUUUCUCCUUGUCUACCCCCAUCCACCCGCACUUCCACCGGUGCAGACAUACACCUAUCGCAGGUUACUGAAGACACUUUGAGAAUAUCAUCACCUCGGGAUACUCAGGCUUGACUCAGCAUGGCAUUCACACAGCCCGAUAUCCAAGCUGGCGACGAGCUCGCCUCGCUUUUCUCUCGCAACAUGACAUUCCAACAACCCCAGCCAGUACAAGAAGCUCCUCAAGAACAACAUCCGCCGGAGCCGGAGCCAAUCAAGUACUCCAUCUCACAACAUUACCAUCACUCAACCCAUAUAGUUCAACAAGAAGAACCCAUCUCAGAACCAUUACGGCCGUCUUCAGUGCCUCCGCAAAUACUGCCCACUGCGGAACAAAUCUUAAGUCGCCGUGGAAUCGACCCGUCCUGGUUAUCCCCGCAACAACUCGAACUGUUCAAGACAGCCGAUACCCCUCAGCAGCUGCGUCUGAUCCAGCUUUGGCAGAUAUGUCCCCCUUCGAAUAUGACAACCAACCCAACUGUCGCCUGGAUAAAUACAACAAAUACAUCUGUCGAACAAGAAGAGAUGAUCGCACGGCUGCACUAUGAGCAGAAGCAAGCAGAUGAAGCUGCUCGAAGAGACUCACUAAUGAGCUUGGACGGCACACCGCUAACACCAGUUCAAACGACUGACGGGCACUGGGUGGGCACGGCCUAUGUCGAACCAUACAUGAUGUCGGGAUACGAGAUGAUGGCCCGGCGCGAGUAUGAGGAAUCAGUCAAGCGACAGCUCCAAGAAGACAUGUCAGGGCCGAAGGAGGUCUACAAUUCCUUUGGCGCCGCUGUCGGUGACGGCCACUAUCGUCUAGCUACGGACCCCGUCUACGCCAACAAUUGGGCCCACCAGCAGCAGGCCAUGGAGAACCAAUACGGUGCGUUCCAGCAGAUGGGAGAUAUGGAGUUUUGAGAAGUGACGCUGUAUAUUGCUUGCUCUUACUCAUGUCAUAACCACCCCUACGGUAUAGCAAUUGGUCGCGGGGUGAGUGAAAUCACCAGUGGCAUGUUGUUUAGAUUCUAUUAGGGCGGACUAGCGAAGGUUAGUUAGAUAAUUAGCCUCUACUUAGUUCAGACUCUGGUGUACUGUACGUGGCAGACGGGAGAGGAGUUAAGUACUUACUUACUACCACUGGUUGAGAAUUAUGUUCGCAUCAUCGUUCGGCGAAGGAGGAUCGGGAAUAGGAUGGUUGGCUCUGCGUAUGCUACGGACUACCUACUGUACUUGAAUUUGACAUUCUAGGAUGGCGUUGAGG